AUGGUAAAGGGUGAAGGAUCACGAUCAACAGAACGACGUGAAGUUCAUGAUAGUUUAAAGGAGCAAAGAAAGAAUAGAUUGAAGAUCGAGAAGCCAGCCAUAAGCAUUGGGCGAGAGGCCCCCGAACCUCGCUCUGCUCACAAUACCUCUCUUGCUUCUUGUGGGGAAAAAAAGCUCCAGGGUAUGAAUACAUCUUUCAUGGUUUUGGUGCCUAAAGUGGCGGGAUCAACGGACAUUAAAGAUUAUAGACCUAUCAGUCUAGUCAAUGGCUUCUUUAAACUCCUCUCAAAGACCCUCUCCUUGAGGCUAGCACCUCUUCUGUCUAUGGUUAUCUCAAAAAAUCAGCAUGAUUUCAUAAAGGGCAGGAGCAUUCUCGAGUGUUCAGUGAUUGCUAAUGAACUUGUUCACAUGGCAACAAGAAGGAAGAACAAUUUGCUUGAUCUUAAGUUGGACUUCCACAAAGCAUUUGAUAGCAUUAGUUGGGCUUACCUGUUGUCGGUUAUGUCCUCCAUGAACUUUCCGCAAAAAUGGCUUGAUUGGAUGAUGGUUUGCUUAUCAAAGGCAACUCCGUCUGUAUUAGUAAAUGGUAGUCCGGUGGAGCCAUUUGGAUUGAAAAGAGGAGUCAGACAGGGAGAUCCCAUCUCUCCUUAUCUGUUUUUAAUUGUUGUGGAAGUAACCGAUUUCUUUACUUCACACUGCAGACAACACGUUGCUUUACAUUCCUUACAAUAUUGUGCAGCUGCAAAAUCUGCCAAGGAUCUUUGCUGUUAUGAACUAAUAUCGAGGUUAACUAUAAAUUUCCAUAAGAGCUCAAUUAUGGGAAUUAAUGUUUCAGAGAUUAAUUUGUUGCUUCCAGCAGAGAUAGUGGGGUGCAAAGUUGAUUCUUUCCCUAUCAGACAUUUGGGGCUACCAUUAGCAAACAGGAAGUUUUUUGUGGGUACUUGGAAUUAUGUUGUUGAACGGUUUAAGGGCCGUUUAGCUCUCUGGAAAGGUAACCUUCUAUCUCCGGCGGGGAGGCUUAUUCUAAUCAAGUCCGUGCUUUUUAGUAUCCCGGUUUAUUUCAUGUCGAUUCAUGGUAUACCGAAGCAGAUUUAUGGAGAUGCUGGAAUCUUAUACGAGCCGAUUUCUAUGGAAGGGAAAUAUUUCUAA